GUUAUUUGUCACAAUUUAGAAUGUAUUCACUCUAUUUUGAACGUCCUUUAACUUUUUGUCCAACCUCAGUAUUAAAAUACAUUUAUGCAAAGGAUUAACACAACAAACAUUACACGGUAGGCUACAUGUUUGAGUGCAGGACUCAAAUGGAACCCUUCCUUCUGUGCAAGAGAUUCCGUGGUGAUAUUUGAAGUGCUGCACCCUAGAACCGACUGGCAGUAAGAGUAUACCUCUCGUUGCAUAGUAGCAAAUAUACUGGUAACUAACCCUUCUUCUGUCUGUGAUUGUACCGUCGAGAGUGAUCAGGUACGAUACACACUUCGGUUAUCUUCCUUGGCAUAUCAUUUAACUCCGAUGUUGUCAUAUAUGCUGCUGCUACUGUUUAUCCUGUUGCUUAGUCACUUUAUCCCUACCUAUAAAUCAGUGGCGAACCGUAACUAUGGCCCUAGUCUUCAUAGGGACCAAAAAUCUUCCAAUACGUUGUAUCAAACUCAAAUCAAGAAAAUAACAGAAAACAUAGUAUCAUUUAUUAUUUCUUCUGUAGUCUGAAAAUUCUAGUUCUACUGAAGGAGGAAUGAAAACAGGCCUGGCCGAGCCUCGGAGACAGAAAAUCAUAACAAUACAAAAGCACAACCAUUUAAUUUCCCAAAUGAAAUUAACAAAAGUUAUUUUAUGACCAUCACACUAACCAGUGAUCUAAAGUUUAAAUGCAGCAAUGUCUCAUAGUCAUUAUUUUCAGAGAUCGCAAACAUCAAGUGAGCUGCAAAAAAAGUGCCAUUCACCAAAUUAUCAUUUGUAAACAAAGUUUGAAAGUUAAAAGGGUGGUGCUAACAAAUUAGCAGCAACAUCCACAUGGGAGCUAAUAACAGCCGCUAUUGCCAUUGACACACUACUACGACACUAGCUAGCUAACAUUACCAGCAUUUCCGUGGGAAAACUACUGCUUGCGCCUCUGAUUAUUUGCUCGUCUUGCGCCCUCAGUAGUGAUGUGUUUAGGCCUUAGAGAAAGAGAAGGGUGCAAUUUCGGCCUGCAUUCCUGUAUCUGCAGGAACCCCUCUUUAUACUUCUAUAAGUACACUUUUAGGUUAGGGAAGGCAGAAGCAAUCCAGUACAGUAGGUGGCGUUAUUGAACAAUAACGUUGGAUACCAGCCGUCGAUUAAACCCACAGAAGAAGGGAUGGGGUGACAAUGGGCACUGUUUUCCUGCAGUUCUGUUAACGAUGCCGAGGGCUGGUGUUCAGAAUUUUGGCGCAAAGGACACUGUGCCAGUUUUUCCAGCUAGUCCUAAGGAGGACUCCGGGACACAGCAGAUUCCGUCUCUCGUGGUUGAAGUGUACCUAUGAUACAAAUUACAGACCUCUACAUGCUUUGUGUGAUGCGUGUGCCACUGCGUUGGGUGCUGUGGGAUGUGAAAGACACCCUGCUGAAGGUGCGCAGUUCUGUCGGAGAGCAGUACUGCCAGGAGGUCAAGCGAACAGCAGGUUUCAGUCUUAACCCUACAGAGGUGGAGGCUGCCUUCCGCCAGUCCUUCCACCAGUACUCCAAACUCUACCCCAACUACGGUACUGCCCAGGGCCUGGGAGGGAAGGCCUGGUGGAUGGGAGUGGUUCGGGACACCUUCGCCCAGUGUAGAGUACAGGACGCAGCCCUACUGGACACACUGGCCCACAACUUGUAUCAUGGCUUCUGCAGCCCUAAUAACUGGGAGGUAUUUCCAGACUCAGCGAAGACCCUGGAGAGCAUAUCCUCCCUGGGACUGAAGCAGGGUGUGGUGUCCAACUUUGACAAUCGCCUGGAGGGGAUUCUACGAGGCUGUGGCCUACUGUCUCACUUCAGCUUCCUGCUCACCUCAGAGGAGGCCGGUAUAGCCAAGCCUAACCCAGCAAUCUUCCACCAGGCACUAGAGAAAUGUGGCGUAACAGCCGCGAGUGUAGCGCACAUUGGGGACCAUUAUGUCUAUGACUAUGUGACCUCUCGGUCACUGGGCCUCCAUGGGUACUUGCUGGACAGACAGGGCAGGAAUAAAUACCCUGAUGUUCCCCCACAGCAUCGAUUAAAGACCCUGGAGGAGCUACCUGCAUGUCUCCAGCAACAUAUGGACUAAAUGUUAUCUAUUACACAAGUAAACUCAAGCCAGGAUUCAAACAAAGCGCACUGUGCCAACAUUUCACUGCACUUGACAUUAAAGUAUAAAAAAAAUAUAUAUAAAAUCCAAGCCUUAAUCUAUGGCAGUGAAACUAGCCCCAAAACUUAACAUAUGCAAUGACCACUUUUAGAUUAUCUAAAUAUGUACAUAUAAUUUAUCUAAUGUUUUCAUAACUUAUUUCGCCAAUACGUUUUAUAUCACAUUGUGACACCCUCCAAUUAAUGGAUUAUGUUCAAUAAAUAAAAAUGCCUGUUCUACAGCCAGUGCUACAUUC